UUUUGUUUACCGCCAUAAUUGAUUCAACUUCUAUUUAAAAGUUUCCUCUUAUUUUUUAAUUAAUUAAUAAUAAAUAAUAUGGCAGGAAUUGACGGUUACGAAGCGACACUCAAGAUUCUUCUCAUUGGUAACUCGAAUGUUGGAAAAUCGUCCUUACUUUUGCGUUUUACUGAGGACACAUUUUUGCCGCAAGACGAGGUCGCAGCUACAAUUGGUGUAGAUUUUAAAGUUCAAGACAUGAUGUUCGAGGGAAAAAAAUAUAAAUUAACAAUUUGGGAUACUGCAGGUCAAGAACGCUUCCGAACGCUAACGUCCUCUUACUAUCGUGGUGCUCAAGGCGUCAUUCUUGUUUACGAUGUGAGCAAUCGUGAAACGUUUGAUCAGCUUGAUAACUGGUUUAAUGAAUUGAGUACUUAUUGUACAAACAAAGACGUUGUCAAAAUGAUAGUUGGAAAUAAAGUUGAUAAGGAAGAGCAACGUGUGAUUUCACGUAAGGAAGCUGAAGCAUACGCACGAAAGUCUCAUACUUUGUUUCUAGAGUGCAGUGCCAAAACUAGAUAUGGAGUCAAGGAUGCUUUUGAAGAACUUGUUAGAAAGAUUCUUGAAACACCAAGUUUAUGGCAGAAAAAGCCUUCACCUAGCAAUAAUGUAAAUGUAACACAAACGGAAAGUAAACAGGAUGACGGAUGUAAUUGUUAGUUCAGUUUGUGACCUGUGGCUUAGUACAUUAAUAAUACUAAGAAGAUCAGGUCCAUUAUCUAGAUAAUCCUACAAGAAUUCAGAAACAUUGCAUAUUUAAUAGUAUUUAAUUUAGUAAAUGUAAAUGGACUUUUGCGCAUAUAUAUAUAUUUUUUAAUUAAU